AUGCACCAGGAGGGUGACACCAAGCAUUUGUCGGACUAUGGGAACUUGUUCACCCAGAGGCAACUCGAAGACUUGGACGCCUUGGCGGAGUGGGCUUAUCUGGCCACAGAUGCCUGCAUCUUCAAAGCCCUGGAUGAGGACCGUGCACUGACCCAGUGGUGGCUCAGCCCCUCGGUGCACCGGCGAAACUUCCUGGGACAUUUGAACCCUCUCUGGUUUCAAAAUCCCAAUCAGACCUUGAUUGACAUCUUUUACAGGGUGAAUCCAGAGAUUGUACAGACCUUGACGGGUGGUGCACUGCUUCUGCUGAAGUUCACCACUGAUAUGCGGAAAGCGCUGCUGGAACCACUCUCACCUUUGGAGCUCUACGGCUGCGUGGAAAGCUCCUGGAGCAUCGUCCUCGCUGCCAUUGGCAUUGCGAACAUCACCAAGUGUGAGGAGCUGCGGAAGUCCAUGGGGGUCUUCCAGAUGCAAAGUGCGGUGAAGGAAGAAAUGGAGCCAAAGCGUGGACAAGCUUCAGAUGACCGACUGCUUUCGGAACGGCGACUUCGUCCGGGCACAGGUUUUAGCCUUGGGAGAUCAUCGCUCCUACGUGCUGACGACGGCCGUGGCGGAGAACUUGGGAGUCCGGGCGCUCUUUCGCGGCAGGAUCCUCCUGGUCCGGAUCCUCGCUGUAUGCAUAUGCAAGGCGCCAGAUCAGUGGGGUCAUUGCCGCGCGCUCUGUGGCGGGAGCACCUUUAGCGCCUAUCAGCUGGCAGUUCAUGAAGUGUCCCGUCACGGGCAAAAAGGAGAAGAGGAAGGUGGCCAAGCCGAUGACGCUGUGACGAGUGAAGCAGUAGGCUUGUGCUGCUCCAUGGGGAUGUGUCCAUUGAAAUUGCAUGUUGAAACUGAAGCCACAAGAAGAUCCAAGAUCGGACAUAUGUCACUGAAAUUGUUUAAAGCAUGUUAAAGCAUGUAGCCGG